ACACAACAACAACAACAACAUCUUGCUCCGAUCAGCUGGUAUUGAUUCCCCUUUGGGCAUUAAUUGUUGAUUAUCUGAGUGACUGACCAAUUAAUAAAUAAACAAGGAGAUGAGUGCUAACAAAUGGAGCUGGAAGAUGGAGUCCCUGAAUUGUAGAAGAUAUUUGAACCGGGUAUCUUACUCAAUAUUGCCUGUAACCGGUGCGAUUAGCCACACCGCUUUUGCAGUGCACAUUUUGGAUCGUUCACUCUUGGGAGGAUGUUUCCCGAAAUGGCACCUGGCAGUUGCGAACGGACUGUUAUUCAAUGCUCAUCUAGGUGUCGGACUCUACAUCUACAGCCGGCCGUGUCUCCAAAAGGCUAGCAUAUCCCACCGUGUCCUCUUUAGCCUCUACGGCAGCGCCAUGUUCAAUUUUGGAUCUGUUCUUCUCUUCGGAACGGGCAAACAAGUUCUUUUGGAAGACCGAUUGAUAGGGAGCAUCUACGCCAUUCUUGCUAGUCUCUGUUUUCUGUGCGUGGGGAAGUACUUCUUUGAUUUCCUGGAUAGACAAGUAGAUAGUCGCGUUGAUGUUGAUGACAUUGACAAUGUCACUGAAGCUGUGGUAGAAGAACUAAGUACUGCAUGACAACUGGAUUUCACUGAAAACUGAGGAAGUAUUCUUUCUUUGGACUACCACUACCGUAUACGAAUAAAUGUACAUUCAGGAGAGUUGGGUCCAAAAUAUGCAUGGUUAUAAAUGCAAGAUGCAUUUUUGUUAUUGGCCCUACAUCUCCUCUGACCUUUGCUCCAGCAACAACUACUUCAAGUUUUGUUUGCAUCAAAGAAAUUGUUUAGGACUUAGGGUUAGAGUUGUGAUUCGGUUUCAGGCUAAGUAAGGGUAGGUUUAGGUGUAGGGUUAGGGUUGGGUUUAGUGUUUGGUCUAGGGUUGAAGUUUGUUAUUGGUUAGCGUAGGAAAAGUGUAUUCUUUAUUUCUGUCUUCUCCUUUAUUUUUCGGGCUAUACUAAAGCCAAGAUGCAAUAUAUAGUGUGAUGUAAAGAAGAGUUUGCAUAAUUUUGGAGACUAGGUAUGGUCUGAAUAUGCUAUGGGUAUGGUGUAUCAGGGAGCAGUAUUAUAACAUUAAUCUAUAUGUUUUGGGGGUGCUACCCUUUAUAAAUAAUGAAUUAACAUGCAAUACAUUUUAUCAAAAAAACUCAUAUUGUCAUUAUAAAACAGUACUAUAUUUUAGAAGCAUAUAGGUAGAAUAAUACAACUGCUGAAUUAAUGGGAUUUCAAGCGCUUACAGUCUUUGUUGACUUACAUGAAGUGUCCAAUUUGUUCUCACAAACAAUAUUAGUGGAUGGGCUGAAAAAGUAAGGUACUUGCUUGUAUCUGAAAUGAAUAUAGUAUACCGGUGAGUAUAUUGCUAUUCAACUCUUUGCAAUGAACUUUAUCAACUCUUUAGUUAAUAUAUAUAUGUAUUUAAUAAUUUAAAAGUAAAUACUUCUUUUUAUGACAAAUUCACCGUAAUACGUGCUCGUCUGAAGUGUACAUGUAUGUACAAAAUAGUUAUUACUUAUUCAGUAGUUUAUUUUUACAAGACUUUUUUUUUUAAAUCCUAUAAAGAUAUCAGUUUUGAAAAACACAAAAUGAGAGAAAAAUAGUAAUUUUUGAAUACUAAUAAAGUAGGUUUUAUGUUUUAAAAUAAUGUAAGGAUAUAGUUUGGGUGUCUAUAGAUAUUUAGAAACCAUUUGUAAGGGAUUUUUUCCCCCCCUUUUUUUUUCUUCCUUUUUUUAGCUUGUCGUCUACUUAAUCAUGUUUUGAUUCUCAGAUGUUUUGCUUGGAUAAGAAGCAUGUAGCAGUGUACCGUAGUGCUAUAGUGUUAAUUGAAAGUGCCAUUUUUAAGUUUUAUUUAAUAUAAAACUUCUAUAAAUAUUCAAUAAUAUUGGGGCUGUAAGAUAACCAACAACAACCACAAAAUAGUUUAACUUCUUAUUACACCAAAUUUGAGUGAUUUGUGUUUUUGUUGGAUAUCGGAACAUUAGCAAAAGUAAUCAAAUUUUAGUGCUGAUCAAAACUUGCAAACUGUAGCGAUUUUGUCAAAAACUCAAUGCAUUUUCUAAUACAGUCAAACCUGCCUAUAGCGACCACCCAAGGAAAACACAAAAAGUGGCCUUUGUAGACAGGUGGUCUUUGUAGACAGGUUCCUUUAGUACAUGAUUCAAUGAGAAACCAUUUUCAAGGGAAACAACAAAUGUGGCCUUUGAAGACAGGUGGUCUUUGUAGACAAGUGGUCACUAAAGCAUGUUUGACUGUACAACAAUAUGGAACCUAGAGUUCUACCAUAAAUACAGAAUUACAUGUACAUAACUUGCCCUAUUUUUAAGCUAUCAAGCCAUUACAAUGCUGACUGUACCCUUUGUUAGCAAAUUUGUUUGGAAUCAUUAUAAUGAGAUGGUAUCUGCCUAUCUCUUGGACAUCAGAUCAGUGCUAAUAUAUUUGUUGCGUACCUGCGGACAGAUGGAUAACUAACCUUGCACUCAUCUAUUCUAUACUAACUUCUGCUACUUAUUAUAACUUCUUACAGUGUAUGUGAAAGCAUAACAUGAGUUUAUAAAGAACUUUUUUCAUUGUCAAUAACUCCAACACGAUUUACAUGUUGAAAAUUAAAUUCAUGUAACUGAUCUUGUUUAUAGAUGUGUGCUUACUUCUAUUAGGUCUAAAAAAA